AUGAGAAAAUUCUACCUACUGACUACUAUCACAGAUGUCAGCGUUGCCGAUUACGGAAAUACCUGCACGGCUGCUGGUGUUGAAUGUAUUUUCCGGGAUGAAGAAACAAAACGCCGACCAGUGAGUCGCGAGUAUGUGACUGCGCUUGAGAGAAAAGUUGGUUCAUAUGAGCAAUUUGUCGCACAAUUGCGAAGCGCUUCGGCGACUGAGCGAAAUGAGCUUCUUGAUCAGCAUGAGCACGCUUUUCUCGGCCGUCAAACCAGCGAUACACUUACCAAAACUGAGGAUGGUGAAUUUGACUAUACAGGGUCUUCGCGACGGUCAACGAUGUACAUGCUUAACGAAUCACCGGGCUCUUCCUCGUUCUAUGGACCAACAAGUGUUUACCCAAAGGAAAUCAUGCCCCGUGAGUCCCUCCAGAACUCACCGGCCGCAUCAUAUCGUACACUUGAAAGAUGGCAUGAUGCUCGGCUGCAUGAGAGCCUAAAGUUCAAUCACGAGAACUUUCUGGCGGCACUUAAGUCAUUUUUUGAAUACCAGCACUCUCAAUGCAUGUUUAUCGAAAGAAGCGCUUUCCUUCGUGACCACAAUUCUCUCGAUAAUGACAGCAAGUACUGCUCCUUCCCACUGCUGUACGCAGCUUCUCAUACUCACUCCUCAGCAUUCAAUGAGGGGUUCCUCAAAGUGAGCUCCAUCCACAAAUUACACUAUGAACAGUAUGGGAAUGUAGAUGGGAAGCCAGUGGUAUUCCUCCACGGAGGACCCGGUGGAAGUACAUCAUUUUCAAAUACCAUCUACUUCAACCCCAAUGUCUACCGCGUUGUCCUCUUCGACCAGCGAGGAGCCGGAAGAUCAACUCCCUGCGCCGAGAUCCAAGAAAACACUACUAAAGAUCUCAUCAACGACAUCGAGUCCCUCCGCAUACAUCUCAAGAUACCGAAAUGGCACCUCGUCUUCGGCGGGUCGUGGGGCUCAACGCUCGCUCUACUUUAUGCGCAAGCUCAUCCGCACAUGGUGGGCUCACUUGUCCUUCGAGGUAUCUGUACGUGCCGCAAAUUAGAGCGCGAAUGGAAUCGGGGCCCUGCUGGUGCUGCGCGGAUUUAUCCAGAUGCUUAUGAGCAAUUUGUAAACUUUCUUCCGGAGGAUGAGAGGCAGGAUCCUAUCAAGGGAUACUAUAAAUUACUACUCUCUUCAAAGGCCGAGAAGAGACUUGCUGUAGCUCGGCAGUGGAAUACGUGGGAUAUUACGAUUGGCAGUCUGACACCUGAUGAGAAAAGUUUUGAAAAGAUUAAUGAUGAUCAAUGGUCGCUCAGCCAUGCGUUGAUUGAGACACAUUACUUUGCGAAUGGAGGGUGGAUAGAUGAGGAUCAAAUUAUGAGAAAGGAGAACAUUGACAAGAUUCGACAUAUUCCUACUACGCUAGUUCAGGGCCGAUACGACAUCAUAUGUGCUCCACAAACAGCUUGGGAUCUACACAAGGCCUGGCCUGAAACAAAUUUGAUUUGGAUUGCAGCUGCAGGACACAGUGUGAAGGAACCGUGUAUCGAGAAGAAAUUGAUUGAGCGUCUUGAUGGCGCUGUAGUUGCUCUAUCAGUCAUGGCCCCUCCGAAUCCGCGCGCUGAUUGGGAGCGUCUGGGCGAUCGAUUCUACCAAAAGACCAGAAUUUACGAUGGCGUCUUUGAUGAAGACCUAGAUCUCGAGAACUAUGUCGUUGCUGCAGCACCCUACGCUGGUGCGCUGGCACUCCAUCGAAGUGAGAGUAAGGUGUAUAGGUAUCGGGAUGCACAAACCGCCAAAUCAAGCAUAGACAUUUACUCCUUUUCGGGACAAUUGAUCAGUCGACUCAAUUGGGAUAAUGGAGCUAUCAGAGGAAUGGGCUGGUCUGACAACGAAGAGCUGCUGGUUGUCGACGAAGAUGGUACUGUUCAUCGCUACUUUGGUCUUCAUGGCGACUUUGCACCUUUCUCAUUAGGCAAUGGAGCCGAGGAGUACGGCGUUCGCGCUUGCCGUUUCUGGUCGUCUGGUUUUGUUGCACUUUUGUCAAACAACCAGCUGAUUGCUGUAUCCAACUACAAAGAGCCUAGACCAAGACUACUAGCUGCCUCACCAGAAGGUGAAGUCUCAUCGUGGAACCUGAUUCCUCCAGCUCAUACACUGUCUCGCACAGUGGAAGUGCUCCUGGCUGUCGACAAAACGUUAUAUGUGGUUGAUGCGACAGAAGCAGAAGACCGAAUGCUAGAAAGCGGCCCCUUCAAACAUGUUGCUGCCUCGCCUUCAGGUAAUGCAGUAGCACUAUAUACUAGUGACGGUAAAGUAUGGAUCGUGAGUAGUGAUUUCCAGAACAAAUACAGCGAGUACGACACAAAGUCCAAGACAGCUCCGAUUACUCUGGAAUGGUGUGGCGACGAGGCCGUCGUCCUUGGCUGGGAAGAUGAAAUACAUCUUGUAGGAAGCAACGGAGCAUCAUCCAAGCAUUACUAUGAUGAACGAGUGCAUGUAUUACCGGAAUUCGAUGGUGUUUGGUUAUUAACGAACGAGUCAUGCGAGUUUUUUCACAAGAUUUCCGCUGUCACUGAGGAUGUUUUUCGACUUGGUUCGACAUCACCGGCAUCCGUCUUGCUGGAUUCAAUCGAUCUUUUGGAAAAGAAAUCACCAAAGGUCGAUGAGAACAUGCAGCGUAUCCGUCCUAGUCUACCGGAAGCUGUGGACACCUGUGUCAGAGCUGCCGGUCAAGAAUAUAACACAAUCUGGCAAAAGCGACUUUUGAAAGCUGCAUCUUUUGGAAAGUCUGUCUUGGAGCUCUACAAUAGUGACGAAUUUGUUGAUAUCACAGAAAGACUCAGGGUAUUGAAAGCGGUUCGAGAUUUCGAAAUCGGCAUGCCCAUCUCUUCAGAACAGUAUCUCCGUCUAACUCCUGAGAGAUUGUUAGACCGUCUCAUCAAUCGUCACCAUUACCUGCUGGCAAUUCGCAUUUCUGAGUAUAUACGCCUUCCUACCGACAAGAUUUACGUUCAUUGGGCAAGUCAAAAGGUCAAGGUGUCUACUGCCGAUGACGACUCUGUGUGCAAGUUGAUCGUGCAAAGAUUGGAAGGAAAGUCGGGCAUUUCUUUUGAAAGCAUCGCUCAAUCCGCUUAUGAUGAAGGUCGAGCUCAUCUUGCUACACAACUUCUCAACUAUGAGCCACGGGCAGGAAAGCAAGUGCCUUUGCUUCUCAAUAUGGAGGAGGAUAGCAUUGCUCUUGACAAGGCCAUGGAAAGUGGAGACCCGGAUCUGAUCUACUAUGUCCUGCUUCAUCUGAGGAAGAAGCUUCCGCUGUCGACAUUUUUCAGAACUAUCAACGACAGGCCUGUCGCGGCUGCGUUGGUCGAAACAUCAGCGCGGGACAGCGAUGUGGAGCUGCUGAAGGAUUUAUAUUACCAGGACGACAGACCUAUUGAUGGAUCUAAUAUACUUAUUUCAGAGGCGUUGUCACGGAACGAUGUUCACACGAAGAUAGACAAGUUGGGUUUGGCCUCUCGUGUUUUGACUGACGCAAAAGAUGCCGCCACACAAUUCCAACAGAAGUCUAUCCUUGAGGCCACCCAGCUUCUUCGAGUGCAGGAGGGGCUCGAUAAAGAAUUAUCUGAUGGUCUUGAAUUUGUCGGCCUCAGCCUCAAUGAAACAGUCUACCGACUGAUCAAGUCCGGCUUUGGGAAGAGAGCACAAAAGCUCUACAGCGAUUUCAAAAUGACCGAGGCAACAUUCUGGUGGAUUCGCUUGAGAGCUUUAGUUGCCAAGCGAGACUGGGGAGAAUUAGAAGAGAUAUCAAAGAUGAGGAAGUCACCUAUUGGUUGGGAACCCUUCUAUGCCGAAGCCUUGGGAGCAGGGAACACAAAAAUUGCAUCGACUUUUGUUCCUAAAUGCACCAACUUGACCGUCGCUGAGAGAAUCGAGAUGUGGAUGAAGUGUGGUAUGAUCGUCAAGGCAGGAGAAGAGGCCUUACGAGCCAAGGACUUUAACACGCUGGAAGUCCUAAGAACAAAGGCUUCUGGGGCUGCAUUAGGCGAGAUAGAUCGCAUGAUUAAUCAACUCCGGCCCAGGAAAUAA